GAUCCUUUGGCAUUCCUGUAGUGAAGGAAAUCCAUUGACCGCAGCUGACAAUGAUUCAAGAAAAAAAUAUCUGAGUUAGCCUUCUGUCAGCAUGACAUAUUGGCUGAUAGUUGGAUAUUUGUUGGAAAUGAACUACUUAAGCUGUUAGUUGAAGUGAUUAAUUGUUGAACGAAAGACUCCGCCAAUACACAAUCAUGGCAAACGAAACAGCAGUUCACAAGCGCAACAUGGAGAGUGCCAUACUAUUCAUGCAGCAGGAGCAUGCCACCACGCUGAAAGCUUUACAUGAAGAAAUCCGAAAUCUACAGAAAAAGUGUUCAGACUUAACAUUCCAGAUAAAUAUGCAGGGUCUCGGCAUUGAUGAUAAUGGUGCUACGUCAGCCAAGGUGGAGGAACUACAGAAGGAGAUGGGAGAGAAGGCACAAGUUCACUCAAAACUCGAAAAGGAGCUGGAAAGGAAAGAGAAAGUUGUUCGUGAGAUUGAACUAUUGGCGAAAAAACAAAAAAUGAAAUACAUUGAUGCAGCCCGUAAAAAGACACAAGAAAUCGAUCAAUAUAAGGCAGAACUUGAGUCAAAAUCAAACCAAAUAGCUUACCUUACUUCUGAACUGCACAAGUUAAAGCGUCUUCAACUUGAGUCAGCAGCAGUGACAAAGACCGUUAUCACAGAUGGACACAUUGUGCCAGUACCCCCUUCCCGAGAUCAAUAUUCGGGACGUGCUCGUCGUGGGAUUAUUCGACAUAGUAAGCCCAGUGUUGAUCCUGAGGAGCUUGGAAAACGUGCUGUUAGAACAAGUUCGGGAAAAUCGACAAGUUCUUCACGAUCAGACUCUCCGAUUGAAUUGGCAAAGCCAUUUUUACGGUAUAGUGAUGAAAUGGACGCUGACGUCCAAAUAAAGGGUAAUGCUCGACACCCCCUUCCUCCAAUUAGACCCUCAGUAAGUCGAGAGGACGCAGGGACAGGUCGACAGGUUUAUCUGCAUAAGAUGCUCCCAGUUGCACCUCCACAGCUCACGGCCACAAAGCACAGCAGGACGAAAACGCGGGAAAUGCCCAUCUUAGCUGUUGAUCAAGUGUCAGGGGCAGAGUCUAAGUGGGCUCAACCUCAGCAUUCACAUAGCCAUGAGUAUAAUUGAUGUGACAUUUUGUCAAAGAUUUUCUUAUCAGUGCCACAGACACCUUUUUUACACCAUGUGUUAUUUUUACCUAUAACUAUGCCACGCUAAGGAACAAAAUCAUCUCGCAAACAAAAAUCACUGAAUGGAACUUAGAGCUAGAACAGCAAAAUCAAAUUAAUGUAGGAUAAUAAUCAACAUGAAAUAAAUUAUGGAGUUCUACGAA